AUGGAGCUCUGUGUUCAUGGGGCCCUGUGUUCAUGGGGCCCUGUGUUCAUGGGGCCCUGUGUUCAUGGAGCUCUGUGUUCAUGGAGCUCUGUGUUCAUGGAGCUCUGUGUUCAUGGAGCCCUGUGUUCAUGGAACUCUGUGUUCAUGGAGCCCUGUGUUCAUGGAGCUCUGUGUUCAUGGAGCUCUGUGUUCAUGGAGCUCUGUGUUCAUGGAGCUCUGUGUUCAUGGAGCUCUGUGUUCAUGGAGCCCUGUGUUCAUGGAGCUCUGUGUUCAUGGAGCUCUGUGUUCAUGGAGCUCUGUGUUCAUGGAGCUCUGUGUUCAUGGAGCUCUGUGUUCAUGGAGCCCUGUGUUCAUGGAGCUCUGUGUUCAUGGAGCCCUGUGUUCAUGGAGCUCUGUGUUCAUGGAGCUCUGUGUUCAUGGAGCUCUGUGUUCAUGGAGCUCUGUGUUCAUGGAGCUCUGUGUUCAUGGAGCUCUGUGUUCAUGGAGCACUGUGUUCAUGGAGCUCUGUGUUCAUGGAGCCCUGUGUUCAUGGAGCUCUGUGUUCAUGGAGCUCUGUGUUCAUGGAGCUCUGUGUUCAUGGAGCUCUGUGUUCAUGGAGCUCUGUUUACCUUGGACAUCAUCAACCAAACAGUGUUUACAUCAGUGGAGCCUGAGAACAUCCUUAACAAUCAUACUUCCUCCCUCUCCGCUUCACCCACCCCACCUCACCCCACCCUACCCUACCCCACCCUACCUCACCCCACCUUACCCCGCCCUGCCUCACCCCUUCCUACCUCACCCCACCUAACCUCACCCUACCCCACCCCACCCUACCUUACCCCACCCUAA